AUGUGCUCCUGCAAGUUCGGCAGCCACACCGACGUGCCCACCGUCCGCUUCAGCGCGCCGCCCUCGCUGCACGGCCUCCGCGACAUCACCUGCGUCGGCGUUCCCUUCUCCACCAUGCCAGAGCUGCCCGCGGGCAGCACCAUCUCGCACGUGGACGUGGUGGGCUCCGGGCUGGGCGUGCUGGAGGCGGACGCGCUGGGCGGCGCACGCGUCGAGUCGCUGCGCCUCAUGAGCAACAGCCUGCUCGCCGUCGCGCCCAGGGCCUUCUCGUCGUCAGAGGAGGCCCUGAAAUCUGUGGACCUCAGCUACAACGAGCUUGACGAGGUGCCGUUCGAGGCUUUGCAGUCCCUGGAAAAUCUCGACUGGCUAAAUCUACAUAGCAACCAGAUAGCGUCGCUGGAGGGCGACUGGCGGAAGACGUGCGGCUCGCUGACCAACAUGUUCGUGGGCGAGAACCAGCUGACGGAGCUGCCGGCGCCGCCGCAGCAGUCGGCGGACGGCGCCUCGCAGCCCGGCGGGCCGCGGCGCUCCUCGCUGCGCGACUGCAGCAAGCUGACGUGGCUCAACGUGGACUCGAACCGGCUGCGCGCGCUGGAGGGUGGCGCGCUGCCGCCGUCGCUGCACACGCUCAGCGCCUCGCACAACCUGCUCACCGCCUUCCCCGGCGCCGCGCUCGACGCGCUGCCCGGCCUCUCGUGGCUCUACCUGCGCGACAACUACAUCACCCAGCUGCCGGCGUCCGGGCUGCGGCCGCGCAGGCACCGGCUCGAACAGCUGGACCUGGGCGACAACCGCAUCGCCAGCCUGCCCAGUAACCUGUUCAACGGCUCGCUGCAGGUGCGCGACCUGAACCUGGACCGCAACCUGCUGCGCGGGCUGCCGGCGCAGGCGUUCCGCGGCACCAGCGCGGGCCGGCUGUUCCUCUCGAGGAACCGGCUGCACAGCCGGCACAUAGACCUGCGCGCCUUCAGCGGGCUGGCGCACUCGCUCGAGGCGCUCGACCUCGAGCACAACCUGCUGCGGGAGGUGCCCCGCGCCAUAGCGCACCUCAAGAAGCUCAAGUUCCUCUACCUGCCGUCCAACAACAUCAGCGAUGUGCACCCACGGACGCUGCCUCCAUCACUACGGGUGCUGUCGCUAGAAGGCAACCGCCUGUCGCACAUCCCGAGCGUGGCGCUGCGCAACUGCACGCGCCUGCUGCACCUCAACGUGGGCUACAACCGCAUCGACGAGGUGCGCCCUGAGGACUUCGAGGAGUGGGCGGCCGCGCUCGAGACGCUGCUGCUGCGCAACAACCGCAUCGCCGCGCUCGCCGAGCACGCGUUCGCGCACGCGCCGCGCCUGCGCGAGCUGAGCCUCUCCUUCAACAAGCUGGGCCACCUGCACCCGGAGGCCCUCGCCGACCUCGCCGACAGCCUCGAGAGCCUAGAGAUCAGCUUCGGGUUGGACCGCGAGGACUUCCCCGCGGAGUUCUUGAGGCCACUGAGGGCGCUCGCCUGGUUGGCACUCGACAACAACGAGCUGCGCACAGUGGGGCAGACCGACCUGCACCCACUCUCCCAGCUGCAGUACCUCAACCUCGAGUCCAACAAGCUGACGCGCCUUCCGCCAGGGUUCUUCCACCCUGAGAUGCACCCCCACCUGCGCGACGUGCGGCUGUCGUACAACCUGCUGGAGGCGCUGGAGGAGGACACGCUGUGGGGGCUGCCGGAGCUGCGCACGGUGGUGCUGACCGGCAACCGGCUGCGCGCGCUGGCGGGCGGCGCGGUGCGCCAGCUGCCCGCGCUGCUCACGCUGAUGCUGGCCGACAACCGGCUGGCGGCGCUGGCGCCCGCCGCCCUCAGCCACCUGCCGGCGCUCUCCAGGCUCGACCUGCAGCACAACCGGCUCAAGGAGCUGUCGCUGUCCGCCUUCCACAACGUCACCGCGCCCGCCACCCAUAUGGCGCUCAACCUGUCGUACAACGCGCUGGCCGCGCUGCACGCCGCCGAUAGCGACCUGGAGAUGUACGUGCGGGUACUCGACCUCUCCCAUAACCUGCUCUCUGAGAUCCCGGUGAACUUCCUGCGCCGGCUGUCGGGCUCACUGCGGCGCCUGCACCUGGGCUACAACCGACUGUCGCGGCUGGAGGCGCGCGCCCUGGGCCCCCUGCCGCACCUGGAGGAGCUGUCGCUGCCGCACAACGGCAUCGUCUCGCUGCGCGCGCAGGCGUUCGCCGGGGCCGGCGGCUCGCUGCAGCUGCUGGACCUGUCGCACAACCACGUGGAGACGCUGCAGCCGCGCCAGUUCCACGGGCUGCCGCGCCUUCGAGUGCUCGACCUGUCGCACAACCACAUCCGGUCGGUUCCGCGCGACGCCUUCCGGGACACUCAGCUGGAGCGACUGGACCUGUCCCACAACCAGCUGGUCGUGAUGCCCGGCAGUUCCCUGGCCGAGGUCGGCGCCACUCUGCGCCGCCUGCAGCUGUCGCACAACCAGCUGGAGCACCUGGACAGCAGCAUGUUCCUCGAGACGCCGCACUUGCUUCAGCUGCACAUCGCCCACAACAAGCUCACCAUCCUCCCGGACAACGUUUUCUCCAGUGUGGAUGGCCUGUCGGACUUGGACCUUUCGGGCAACCCGUUACGUGCGAACUUCAAGGAACUGUUUCAUUAUGUGCAACGACUGCACACUCUCAGCCUCGCCAACACGGGACUCAGACUGUUUCCGCCUCUUCCCCUACCUCAUCUGGUGCGUCUAAACCUCAGUGACAACCUUAUCGGCGAUGGUGACGGGAAUGCGCAUUUAGAUUCCACAUCGUCCAGAGACCUCUCUCGGUUGCGGUACCUGACUCUCUCUGGCAACCGGUUAGGAAACGUACCUGCUCACAUUUGGCCCAUGACACCUCUUCUGCGAGAAUUAGACCUUACAAGGAAUCCAAUAAAGGUGUUGACGCGAGACAGUUUCUCUGGCCUUUCGCGCCUCACGUUCCUCAACUUGGAGGACCUGCCGGACGUGGAGCGCUUCGAGCUGGACUGUUUCGCGGGACUGCCGCAGCUGGCGACGCUGCGCAUCCAGACGUGGCCGCGCGCCGACAAGUACCGGCUGCGGCUGGGCGGCGCGCUGUCGGCGGUGUGGCCGCUGCGCGAGUUGUCGGUGCGCGUGCAGGAGGCGGCGCUGAGCGACCAGCUGCAGGGUGCCUUCAGCCACGCCAAGCUGCGCCGCCUCGAGCUCAGCGGCUGCGCGCUGCACUCCGUCGCGCCCGACGCCCUCGACGGGCUGGCCGACAGCUCGCACGAGCUGCAGCUGCACCUGCGCCACACGUCGCUGGACGAGCUGCCGGCCGGGCUCGUGGCAGGGCUGGCCGCGCACGUGCCGCACCUCGCGCUCGACCUGCGCGACAACCGCUUCGCCUCCAUCUCGCCCUCCGACCUCUACCCAAACGGAUCCCUCUGGGAGAGCGUCGGGACCAAGCCCUUUCCAGGUGGCCUGUUGCUGUCAGGGAACCCGUGGACGUGCGACUGCGGCCUGGUGUGGCUGGGCCACUGGCUGCGGCGGUGGCUGCGCGAGACGCUGCAGAUCCACACGGUGGUGGUGGAGGGCGCGCAGCAGCUGAGCGCGGCGGCGCGCGAGGCCACCUGCUGGGACGCGGCGGCCAGCCGGCAGGUGGCGCUGCUGCAGCUGCGCGCGCCCGACCUGGCGUGCCACCCCAGCGCGCUCAGCCACGGCGGCGCCGCGCCCCGGUCGCGGGCCUCGCUGCUGCUCGCCCUGGCGCCACUCGUCCUCACCGCCAGGAGCGCUCUGGCCGCGUAG